GGAUAACACAUAAAUAAUAACACAACUAUCGAUGGAGGGUAUUUACCACGCCGUAUGAAUAUAGUAAAUAGCAAAAUAGCAUUUGACUAUUUCUUUGUCGGAAGGGAUUAUGUAAUUCGACCAGACGCACGUGUGGAAGUUCUGAUCAGUCGACGUCCUUUUAUUCCUCGCACCUGUUGCUCGAUAAGGCACCACAGACGAAGUACAAUGAACGGAACUGGAAAUGGUGAUUGUAAUUAUGUGCUUGGGGCUGUAAUCAAUGAAGGAAAAACAAAGAUUAUAUACAAACUGGAAUCCCUGCCUGGACAUGUGAUGCUGAAAUCCAAAGACCGAAUUACUGCAGGUGAUGGGACAAGGGCACAUGAUAUGGAGGGCAAAGCAGCCAUCUCGACAACAACCACCUGUGCUUUGUUUAAAUUGCUAAACGAUGCAGGAAUAAAGACUCACUUUAAGAGUCAGCACUCCGAUACAGAGUUUCUGGCAUUAGAAUGUGACAUGGUGCCGCUGGAGUGGGUGACGAGGAGAGUGGCUACUGGUUCCUUCCUCAAAAGACAUCAGGGGGUGAAAGAGGGCUUCCGCUUUUGCCCACCUAAACAGGAAACUUUCUUCAAGGAUGAUGAAAACCAUGAUCCUUUGUGGUCAUACGAACAGUGUGUUGCAGCAGAAUUGCGUGUAGGUGGGAUUCUGAUUGGUCCAGAUGAACUAGAUAUCAUGAGAAAGACGACCAUUACUGUGUUCGAGAUACUGGAGAGGUGCUGGUCAGCAUUGGACUGCAGUCUCAUUGACAUGAAAAUAGAAUUUCGGGGUAUCGUUUGAUUAACAGGUGAGAUAGUACUGGCGGACACCAUAGACAGUGACUCUUGGCGUCUGUGGCCAGCAGGAGACCGCCGCCUGAUGAAGGAUAAACAAGUGUACAGAGAACUGAAGGAGGUGACCAAGGAAGCUCUGGAUACAGUCAAACGCAAUUUUGAAUGGGUGGCAGAAAGAGUUAAGCAACUAUCUCCCAAGCCAUCUGCAAGAGCUGUUGUAUUGAUGGGAUCUGCGUCUGACUCCGCCCAUGCCGAAAAGAUUCGGACAAGCUGCAAGUCUUUGGGUGUGCCUUGUGAACUGAGAGUGACAUCUGCUCACAAAGGUACCGAGGAAACUCUCAGGAUACUGGCUGAAUAUGAAGGUGAAGGUAUCCCUACUGUGUUUAUUGCCGUAGCUGGACGGAGUAACGGCCUGGGGCCUGUAUUAUCUGGCAGUUCUUCAUGGCCUGUUAUCAAUUGCCCACCUCUCUCAGGGGAGUGGGCAGCCCACGAUAUAUGGUCCUCCAUGAGAUUGCCUUCAGGUCUGGGCUGUUCCACUGUGAUGUACCCAGAGGCUGCAGGUCUCGCCGCUGCUCAGAUUCUAUCUCUUACUGACCAUGUCAUCUGGAGCAAGAUUCGUGCAAAACAACUCAAUACUUGGAUCGGACUGAAACAGUCGGACCUUAAGCUGAGGAACGAUAAGUGAUGACAAACAUAAAUUUGUUCUGUUUGACUGAAGGGUUGUUAUGAGUUCCAAAUGACGUUGAGGUUGUUACACAAAUCAUAAUUCUGUAUCUUAAUAUGUGCUAAAUUGCCAAUGUAUGGUUGUUACAUUGAUAUUCAGUGCUUACGUAUUUUGUUGUCCUCUUUACGCAAAUUUUAUUAAUAGUGCUAUUCCAUUCUGUUAUCUGAUUAUCUUUGUAAAUUUAUUCUCCCCAACAUUUUUCAAAAGUGGCUGAUGAUAUUUUCAUUGUAUCCAUCCAACACUUUCUGAGAACAAGGUUUAAAACCGAUCAGUGGCAAAACUUGUUCAAAAUUUCAUACGAAAGUUUAAGAAUUGGUCAGGAAUAAUUAAACAUGGUAGCAGACUAGAUUCUCCCAGGAGUCUGUCCUUGAAUUACAUAUAUUUCCAAGUCAGUAAUUUGGUGAUAACAUUUAACAGAAAAGACAAAUGAGGACAUUCAACUCAUUAUUUGUGAAAUGAUCAUGGAAAGGUGAUCAAUUGUUAAAGCACAUAUUAUAUGUUGAUGUAUCUUGGAAAUGAGGAGUACUUACUAUAAAAAUAGAACAAGUAUACUAUUUUCCUUUUGGUUGUAUAUAUUUGAAAUAAGGAAAUAAAACAUAUUUCUGAAUUGAA